CACACACUGGUCCGUGGUGCAUUGUGUGGUAGUAAAGGUCAGGACGGUCCAGAGAGAUCGCUGCAGUGGCGACAGCUACCAGGGAAGAGCUGGACGGCGCCGAUGACACGAUGUCUUCCUGCUGUGUGUCCUUCAUCCAUCUAAAGGACAAAUGUCCUCGACCGCGUGGACUUAUCAACCUGCUCAUCACCAAAGCGUGCAUGUUGGCGCUGCUGUUUGGAGCACUGUGGGCGGUGACAGGAAGUGAGUGUUUGCCGGGAGGCAAAGUUUUUGGCAUCAUCAUCAUCUUCAUCAGUGCCGUGCUGGGAGGAAGACUGCUUGGACUGGUUCGCCUACCCCGCCUACCCCCCCUACCUCCUCUACUUGGCAUGCUGCUGGCGGGCCUGGUCCUGAGGAACGUUCCGUACGUGACGGAUGCCGUCUAUGUGGACGCUCGUUGGUCUGCAGCUUUGAGGAACAUGGCACUGUCUGUCAUCCUGGCCCGAGCCGGUCUGGGCCUAGACCCUUCGGCGCUACGUCGUCUGAAGGCUGUGUGCGUGCGUGUGGCUGUUGGGCCAUGUGUGCUGGAAGCGUGUCUUGUUGCCGUGGUUUCUCACUUCCUGUUGGAGCUGCCUUGGGAGUGGGGCUUCCUGCUGGGGUUUGUUUUGGCUGCUGUGUCUCCAGCUGUGGUGGUUCCGUCCAUGUUGCUGCUGCAAAAAGACGGUUACGGAACCGAGAAGGGCAUCCCAACCCUUCUGAUGGCCGCCGGCAGUUUUGACGACAUUUUGGCCAUCACAGGCUUCUCCACCUGUCUGGGCGUGGCCUUCUCCACAGGGUCCACAUGGAUGAACGUCCUGAAGGGUCUGCUGGAGGUGGUAGGAGGGAUUGUGUCGGGUCUGCUAGUGGGCAUGUUCUUGUGUUUGUUCCCCAGCGUGGAUCAGGAGGACCUGGUUCUAACCAGGACUUUCCUCUUGUUGGCCUUCUCCAUCUUCUCCGUCUUCUUCACCCAUGUGAUUGGAUCUUCCGGUGCAGGUGGUCUGUGCACGCUGGUUCUGGCCUUCCUGGCCGCUGUGGGUUGGGGCGCUGACAAGGCAGCAGUGGCUGCCAUGUUGGCGAGGUGUUGGGAUGUGUUCCAGCCCCUUCUCUUUGGCCUGAUUGGAUCAGAGAUCACCAUAACGACGCUCAGCAUCAGCACCGUAGGUUUGGGCGUAGCUGUGAUCGGUGUUGGUCUGCUGGUUCGACUGCUUGUCACAUUUGUGUUGGUGCAUGGCGCCGGCUUUGUGCUGAAAGAGAGACUGUUCAUCGCCAUCGCCUGGCUGCCUAAAGCCACUGUGCAGGCUGCCAUUGGUUCCAAGGCGUUGGACACGGCGAGGGAUGAGGGCGAUGAGGCCAAAAUCCAGUUUGGUUUGGAUGUACUAACAUUAGCUGUGUUAGCUAUCUUGAUCACCGCCCCCAUCGGGGCGCUGGCGAUUGGCCUGACAGGGCCACGUCUCCUGACCCAGCAGGUCAAAGGUUCUGAGGCAGGGGGUGGAGCCACAUCCCAGGGCUGUCAAGGUCAAGACCGUGUGAUCUUUGAGAGCAGGCUGUGAUGAAUUUUGACCUGUGAUGCUGCUGUGUCUUUAAGUCCACUUCCUGUUGAUUAUGUUUCAUUCAUCAAGUGAUCCUAAAACUUUACCUUUUUACAUACAGUGGUGUGAAAAAGUGUUUGCCACUUUCCUGAUUUCUUAUUUUGUUUGCAUGUUUGUCACACUUACAUGUUUCAGAUCAUCAAACAAAUAUCAGUCAAUGACAACACAACACACAAAACACAAAAUGCAGUGAGCCAUCUGUUCGUGACCUAAAGCUGAAACCAACUUGGGUUCUGCAGCAGGACAAUCAUCCAAAAUACACGAGCAAGUCCACCUCUGAAUGGCUGAAGAGAAACAAAAUGAAGACUUUGGAGUGGGCUAGUCAAAGUCCUGACCUGAAUCCUAUUGAGAUGCUGUGGCAUGGCCUUAAAAAGGCCGUUCAUGCUGGAAAACCCUCCAAUGUGGCUGAAUUAAAACAAUUCUGCAAAGAUGAGUGGGCCAAAAUUCCUCCACAGUGUUGUAAGAGACUGAUUGGAAGUUAUUGCAAAUGCUUGAUUGCAGUUGCUGCUGCUAAGGGUGGCCCAACCAGUUAUUAGGUUUAGGGGGCAAUCACUUUUUCACAAAAAAAAAAAAGUAUGGAGAGGCAACAGGACAUGGCGGGAGACAAAUACUGUAUAACGCAGAGCGAUUUGUGAGGUCUGAUUUUUUUCGAGUAGGCAUUUUUAUAAUGUAAAUGUAUUACUCUUUUGAACGUAUACUGUGAGAAGCCAAACUCUUUACGUAAAUGUCCAAGCAACUAAACGGAACUAUGUUUCUCGUCACGGAAAUCUGACCAGAACUGGACUCGCGGAACCCAUUGUUGGGUAAGUCACCAUUGCUGUAGUACACUGCUGAUGGGGAUGUCAUACCACUUCAUGUUAAAAAAUCCGAACUAUCCCUUUAAGUGUGACAAACAUGCAAAAAAAUAAGAAAUCGGGAGGAAAUCACGCCACUGUAUAUUCACACAACCAAAACAAACAUCAAAUGCAUUUCUUUGUAAUAUACACAUGAGACCAUCAUAAAAUUUAUUGACUUUUUCUUUAAAAUAACGUAAUUCACACGAUGACGUCAUAAAAAUAACUUGGAUUGACAUGCACCUGCGGCCCGCAAGGGGCGUGGCCAAAGUUCGCCACAGUGGCGUGUCUGUUUGACACCGGAGACGGGGUCCGCCAUAUUGAAAAGAAGUCACAACGCCACAUCAGGUAAAACAUUUUUUUUUGAAGACUCGAUGUUUCUUAAUUACCAAGCUGACAUUGACUUAACUUCAAAAAGUAGCGGUUUUAUGUAGGAUUACUGAUUAAAACAAGUAAAGACUGUAGGUAGCAGCUAUAGAGCUAGCACUCAGCACAUAUUCAUUGAACAAACAGAAAUAAUUAAUUAGAAGUUAUCUGGAAUUGGUCUAUUUUUGGUGAGAGGUUUGGUUUCAAAGACAAACAUUUUUUUUUAGUACUAAUGAGGGAUGAAAAUGAUCAUAUUGUUUGAAGGAAACGACAUAAUUUAAUUUGGUAUUCGUAUCCAGCUAAUUUGGAUAAUUGAAAAUGUCCACACACUGAAACAAAAAUGGUUCAAACAGUAAAAAAAAACAACUAAAUGUUAACAUAAAACAAGAAAGCUGCAAAAACAAUGCUGAAAUCAUUUUGAAUGUUUAAUAUGUGUCAAAAUAAAACGUUAGCUGCGAGUCAUACAAAUAUUAAAUAGUUAUUCCCAUUUUCCAAUUGUGAGUUUUACUAUUUAAUUUUGAUGAACAAUGAAGCUAAAUCAUGUGAUGUCUUAAACAGGAAGUGUGAAAAUCAGGGAUUUCAGAAGCAUUAGCAGAAGCCAAAAAGCUAGCUCACAGCAGGAAGUAGAGCGCCAACAUUAUUCAAGGGGUGUGGUUACUUGCCAAGGCACGCUGGGUCCUCGGGUGACACUUGCCAGACCGCCACCACCCAAUCUAGCUCCUCCCUGCCUCCGCUAGGUCCCUCCCGCUCCUGACGCAGAAUCAUGCUGAAGCGUUCCUUCAACCCAGCCCCCUCAAUGUGGCGCCCAGGUGCAUGGUGCAAGGUCGUCCUAUACACCGCCCUUGCCGCGCCCUGUUCCUCCCACCUGCCUUCUUGCCCCUGCGGCGCUUCGCCCCUCUCACGCGAGACAAAGAGCACUGAACGAUAAACCGCCAUCGUGCAACUUUCUGGUCCUUCCCUGCUGCAGUACUGCCUCAGUGGGUGGGCCCCUCUUCUCAUCGCCAGUGUGGCUCUCAGUGACUUGUAUGCCCCUCUGUACCAGACAAUGAGUCGUGCUAGAGUAUUGAGUGUGUACACAGCCGCCGUUGCGCACAACAUCACGCUGCCAGCAAAUAGCCACAAGCAAAACACACCGGUGGCGGUGAUGUGACGGAUGUGUCUGCCACUAUCUUGGUCCUGCCACCGGAUCCAUGUGACCUCAGUGCUCGUGUGGGCCACGGACGCUCGUGACGUCAUGGGAUGGUGGAUAGGAAGUGACGCACUCUGAGUUGUCGGCAUAGGAUGCCAAAAGAUGGGUCCAUCGCCUCUGACCCCUGCCCUCGCCCCAUGUCCCCCCUUGGUGGCCGUGGGGUGGAUAUGUGUUGUGGGGGUGGUGCUUUGCGAUGGGGUCAGAGGUGAACACAAGUCGAACAGUUCUAGAUGGAUGAUCGCUUGACCUUUGAACUGCUGAGGUGAGUCGCACACCUGAGAGGUAAAAAUGGGUGAGUUCCCACUUCCUGCCACCAGAGGUCACAUGCAGACUCACCAAACUUUUGCCAUUGACCUCAAUGUGUGUGCUGUUGCGGACGUAGAAGUUGGUGCUGUAGUCCUGCAGGUACGUGUGCAGGUAAGUUAAUGUGCAAAAACAUUCCCACGGAUUGGCAGAGAGGUAGAGGUAGGGCACCCACUCCUUCUGGCUGAACCAAUCAUCUGGAAGCAUGCUGAUCUGAAGAGGAAAUGCAGCAAGUGAACGUCUCACAGAUUACAUUCUGGAAUGGUGUUGCUUUUCUCCCACCUUGUUGUUUUCCAGGUAUAGCGUUAUUAGGGCAACAAGGGGGUACAGCAAGAGGGGUGGAAGAACCCUGAUAUGAUUGGCUGAUAGGUCCAGGAUCUGUAGGGAAGGACACGUUAUAGGAGCAGAAAGAGUUCUGUCAGGGCGGGGCAGGCGGAGAAGGCCACGCCCACCAGAGAUGUGAGAUGGUUGUGUCCCAGUCGCAGGACAGAGAGGUGCUGGAGAAGCGGCCUGAUGCCCGGUGUCACUUGAGGAAUCUGAAUGGAAAUGAAAGGGAUUUUAGUGGGACAUGGCAGGGUCAUUUGACCUGUCAUGGCAACCCAAAUGACCUGGUUGGAUGUUAGGUCAAUCUCAUGGACCUCAUUGAAGAUCUGGAAGUUUUCCCAGGACAGGCUGGAGAUCAAGUUCCUUGGAAACAAGAGAACCUAAAAAAAAGCAGGAAACAGGAAGCAUGUGCUUGGUGAUGUGCCACUCAAACAACAAAAACAUCUUCAGCUUUUUCUAGAACGUCAUGUUCAGGCUCUAUCCCGCCUGUCAAUCCAUCACUUCUUCGUACUUGUUUUUAAACCAACAGCAAAAAUAAAGUCCUAAUAGCCAUUGCAUAUCCUUACAUACGCAGUGGUUUAGUGGAGCAUAUUACCUUGGUCAUGGGAUCGAGAUCUGCAGGAACGUGACUUAAGCCAACCGCCGUACAGUUGAGCCGCGGUCGGUGGUCCUUGUCCCUGUCGCUUUGGCAACCAUCCAUGGCAGUAACCACGGCAAUGCCAGACCAGAGGACCAUGAAGACGAAGAGCUUCAUGCUGUACACAUGAAGAAAAAGAAGUCUGUGUCCUACCUGGUGAGUCCUUCUUUGAUGUAGUACAGGAGACACUCAGACAUGAGAGGGUCCUCAUUCAGGUUGACCAGGUGAGGUGUCUGCACGCACACACAUACAGACAUACCAUGAUGACAAAAACAAAAGCCUUGGUCUUGUGACUGCCCACUAGCAGUGACUGAGGAGACAAACAAAGAAUAACUUGUCUGGUCACACAAGACUCACUCCUUUAGGAGAGAAGACACCCAGAGUCCCUCCAUCUUCUUUAAUAGACACGCCCAUCUCCGCCAAAAGCGCCUCCCUGUGACACACAUAUUUUGACACAUUCGAGAAGAAGAAUAAGAGAAUGAAAGAGCUUGACUUACCUCUCCAAACGAAUGGAUUCCGUCUUCCGUAACUUUUCCUCCCAAGUUUCAUUGAGCUCGGCCAUGAUCUUCUCUGUCUCCUGAUACACAAGUACACAUUUAUACACACACACACACACACACACACACACACACACACUUGAGAGAACAUGUCUGCUGUGACAUCAAUAUCAUCAUCAUUAUACCAGCAAUCUCUCGGCUGCCUCCUCUUUACUAAUGGUCUCCGUGGCAACGACCUCCUCUCCAGCAGGAAGAUGAUUGACAGCUGCUGACUCAUCUGGGCCAAGAGAAGAGGUCGGAGUGUUGUAUGACUUUCCAGUGAAAGGUCAGAGAUGAAUGACAAGUUAAAACACACCUGAAGAGACGGAGUCUUUCUGAUCAGUGAUCCCAUUGGCUGUGAUGGUCAGCGGUGAGGACACGCCCUCUAGGGAGGAGCCAUUGUUGUUGGCUGCCACAAAGAGAGAAGGUCAUGUUUCGUUUUGAACACACACGCACACACACACAGCUGGAAAUACCCGCCUGUGAACAUACCACACAUGCCAGCCACACAGAAAACCUGUGAUCUAGAUGCACAUGUGUACUGUACCACAUUCUGCCCUACACGCAUGUAUACACAGCACACACAAUAUUUUUGCGAACAGUAUUAUUGUGUAUUAGGGGUGUCCUGUUAGGGUUUCACUCCCGGUAUGAUACAGAUGUUGCAGCCUUGAAUAUUGAUCCAAUAUCAGCACAAAUCAUACUUAGUUUUAUCACUUAUUUUGUAUUGUGGAAUGUUAGAAAAGUCUGUAUGAAGUGAUAUUACUCAAACAGAACAGUCAGCAACAGGGUAUGAGGAAAAAGUGAUCCAUUUACUUCUUUAUGCAACUGGGGUAUAGUUUUAGCAACAAUGUAGUGGCAGCUAGGCAUAAUAUCACAGGGUUUUAGGCGCUCAAUUAAGCAACUAGGCAAGGCUUAGUUUAUUUAUAGAGCACAAUUCAUACACAAGGUAAUUCAAACUGCUUUACAGAAAAUAAUAGGAAAUCACUUCAUAAAAUCAUUCCAUUAAACAUAAUAGUUAACAUUAUUAGUCAUUAUAGUUAAUUACUUCUUGUCAUCCCAUGGGAGUGAUUCUGCUUCAAAUGCACAAUGAGGUUGGUUGCAUUAAACUUCCCCAGUUCUGUACCACCACGGGAAACUUGUGCAUGACAAGUGUUGUGCUCAGCUGCAACGUCUUCUUCAGACUUAAAAAGAAAAAUACCACAUGGCUGACAUCACUCAUACUCCUUCCUACUUUGUUAGCACACAUUGUUGUGAUCACGUGGGCUCUAUCCGGCCACUGCUGGAUAGAAGUGCUGAGGAAUCGCUGUCUGGAAUCGACUGCUUGUAUCGCAGUGGCAAUAUCAGAGAUUUUAGAUGCAGGCCGGUAUAAUUGGAUCGGUCUGAUAUCAGAUAUCAAUAUCGGACCGGGACACCCCUAAUGUAUACAUAAAAUGUAUGCAGCAGCAUGUGAUUUUGUGUACCGUGGUUGUGGAUUAGCUCAUGUAGACCCUGAGCAAAGAGAAGGUUACGGAGUCUCUCCACUUCUCCUUUCAGUUCUCGGAUCAGUUUUGCGUUGGGGUCUUCGUUGAUGAUGGCGUUACAGCGGAUCUGUUUGGCUCGGUCAGCGUAUCUGGACCAUUGAGGGAUGAAAGUAGAUCAGUCAGAUGAGGCGCAGAGGGAAAGUGGGAGGUGGUUGACAUCUAACCUCAAGGUGCUGAGCGUUUCUUCAUAGUUAAUGUCAGCAGGACUGAGAGCAGCAAUCAUGGCCGUGCGAGAGUUCCCCCCUACAACAAAUGUGGAAUUCUGCCAUCAAGUCUGCUCUGGGUCUCUCUUAUCACGUUUCUCCAGGUUCCUCACCCAGGUUCUCCUUGAGAAGCCAUGUCAGAACAGAGUCUCUGUAGGGAAUGAAAUCACUUUUCCUCUUUUUGCUGCUUUGCUGCAGGAAGACGAGGAAGAGAAGGUCACCUUGAAAGACAACAACAAUCAACACAUUUUUAAGUAAGUCAGUACCAUGUCAGCCAGGGCGGAAAUGACCUUUCCCAGCGUUGUCAAAGAUUUGUUGAUGUUGGCUCCUUCCUGUAUGCAAACGUCACAUUCACCUUCCAGAUGUCAAAUACAAGAAAAAUCUGUGACCUCUGACCUUUAGCCGGGUGCCCUUCGCCCCCGAUGAGUCGGCGCGUUCACUUCCUGCCAGGUCCACUAGACUAAUCUUACUGACCUGAGAAAACACUUCAGGUUCAAGUGUGUCCAUUGUCAACGGUCACUUGUGCGAUCACCUUCUCUGUGUCUAGUUGGGUCAUGUGAUCUCUGCGCCGCUGGCUGAAGACAAUGGUGAAGACUGCAUGGGAUCGGGACGACGUCUCAUUCAUGUUUGUGGCUGCAACUGUCCUGUGAGGUCAAAUCAGACAAGCAAUCGAUCACAACCUUUCCAGGAAUGUCACCAUCCUGCUCUCUGUGUGUCUGUGUAAGAUGCCUUACCGGGCUUUGUUCCCGGCAUCCAUCAGGUCACGGAUAUCGCUGAAUCCAGUCACAGCUAGUUUAGACAAGUCCUCGACAUACGGCCCCAGGAUAGGAUGCUCCCUCACACGCAGAGUCCCCUGGGACUUGGGAUUCAACAGAUCCCGGACCCGCUCACAGUAGAUUUCCAUGUAUGACACCUGGAGCAGGACCAACCAGAAGGGGUCAGCAGACAGCGUUGACUGUCAUUAGUAAACUAGGAUGGAAAGGACUUACCUCCACGGAAUAGGUCAGGUCUGGAUCCACAUUGGACCCAGUCCUCUGGAACAAAUCCUCACAUAGCUGAAGACAGACACACCAUCAGUGCUCUGAUCAGAGCUUUCUAGGAUGCACAUGCUCACCUGUGGAAUGAUACCCUCCUGCCCCACCUCCUGCUUGCCCAUCAUGGUGUAGCUCUUUCCAGCCCCUGUCUGGCCGUAAGCGAAUAUACACACGUUGUAACCUGCAGGAGACAAAACGCUGAGCGCUUAUUGUCUUGACGUAGCCUUGUCAGAGCAUCAACGCUUUUACCUUCAAAGGCGUGCAGCAGCAUCUCCUCACCAAUGUCUUGGUACACCUGACGCUGGCCUGCAAAGGUGGGGUCGUCCACCUGACCACAAACAGAAACACAGAGUCAGUAAAGUAGUCAGAUUGUGAUGUGUGCAUGUGUGACAUCACCGUUGUGUGUGACCAGUAGGAGUGGUCAAAAGUGAAGUUCUUGGCUGCAUCUUUGGGCUGUUUGGGAUUAAUGAUGCCUGAAAGCACAAAAGAGAGGUUAUUUGUCCUGGCAGUUGGUCACAAGACCAGGGUGCGCUCGUGUCUUACAGGUGGUUUCCCCCUGCAUCUGGAUGACACACUUGGCAUUGCGGCCUGUCUCUCUGGAGUUGAAUGGGCGGACUCGCACUGCCACCUUUACUGAUGCACCUGCCAUUUCUUGGCUCCGCCCACCCCACCGUUGAGCAGCCAAUCAGAGAGCCAGGUCAAAUAUCAGGCUGAAAAACACAUUUUCAACAAAACGUCCAUGUUACUACUUGACUUGUUUUCAGCAGCGUACACCUGCGCAGCUCCCACCCUCUCCAACUGAUUGGUAGCUUGGUGUCAUCUUCUUGACAGGCUGUCAUAAAACGCCCAUGCCUCAGGACAGCUAGUCACCUGAUAACAUUCUUUGUGUGAUUAUAGAUGUAUAAGAUGUAGAUAAAGAUCAGCGGGUUACAGCAGUCACAACAACAUGCAGCUAAAAAUACACACAUACACAAAUACACACGCGCGCACACACACACCAAACGCAUUGCUGGGAUGCCUGCUGAGCACCACUUUAGCCACAAGCUAACUUUAGCAUGUUGAACAGUCUCUGAGAGAAUGAAUUCACUUCCAUGUUUUGGGAAGAUUAGUUAUUACUAAUUGUUUUCCCUUUGCGUAGGGGCAAGAAGAAGCCAUCACAACUUAACACGUCAAAUUUGAGCAUGGUGCAUCCUGGUGAGCAAACAACAGGCUUGUUUGGAAACAGCUUGUCAUGGAUAAGGGACACGAGAUUGGCAUGAUUCUAAUCAGCGAGCACGUGAGGGGGAGGAGUCAUCACACGUCAUUAUUCCGUCUGAAACUAUUACGUGAACGUAACACUACUUGGCUGUGGUCUGUGCCGUCAUCCAACUCACCUAUACCUGUCGUCUCACGCCACAACCACCAUGUCUGCGCUCGUGGGCUACUUCCGGUCCAGGCCUGUCGGUACCGGGACACACCGUCACAAAGUUGGGUGGGGGCGCUCCUGACACGCACUCACACGACCGAGCGAGCGAGCGCAGGCACACUUUAAAGCACAAAAAGUUGGCUCACUUACGACGUGACGCAGCUGACGUCACCGGCCGUUGGAAAAGUGAAGACGGAAAGUUGCGGGCCGCGACCGAGCGGAAGACUCGCAGGACUCGGAGCACUCGACACUCGGCGGUCCUUCAGCCGUCCUUCGGUCGUCCGCGCGAAGGUGGUAAGCAGUAAAGCGAGGUCAAAGUGGACUUUGGAGAGGGGAAAAUGGAGUUGGAAUAACAGGAAAGAGAGGGGGAAGCUGGCCGGUGGCGUGGCCGCGCGGCGGGAGCGUGCCUGAGUGCUGCCGGGCGCGCUCCCGUGACGGACAAGUCAGCCGCGAGACUCAGAACCCUUGUUGCCCCGCCCAGUCUCGCUGAGCCCCGCCUCAUUGAAGUAGGUGGAGGCAGAGGUCGGAGUUUUCAGGCUCACAAUCCGGAGUGUAGUCGAAAGUAAUGUUGACAAAUACGUGUGGUCGGAGCUUUCAGGCUCACAAUCCGAAGUGUAGUCGAAAGUAAUGUUGACACAAAUACGUGUGUGGGUUUAAAAUGUGUAUAUACAGUGGUGUGAAAAAGUGCUGCCCCCUUCCUGAUUUUUUUUGUGCAUGUUUUGUCACACAUUUUUCAGAUCAUCAAACUAAUUCAAAUAUUAGUCAAUGACAGCACAACUGAACACAAAAUGCAAUUUUACUUGCACAGCCUGACAGGCUGGCAUCCGUUACAUAUACUUAUGGGGCUUUCAGUUACCAUCCAGUGUUUUCUGUUGUGAGCAGCUUCAGAUGUUACAGCAUGCAGUCCAGGGAAUAAAUACUGCGCCUCUCGCCCAAAGCUCACCAGUCACCCUAAACAGAAGUGCUGUAGAAAUGAUGUUUAACAUUCUUAAAUAGUUCCCAUCCAGCAGCCUUUCUUGUCUUAAAGAGAACACCAUGGUUCCACAUGUAUUUACUGAGCUUUAUUGUGAAUCAAAAUAAAUGACAUCACUUUAAAAAGUAACCUUGGUCCUGCUGCCAAACACACAAAGCAAAUAAGUCAUACAAAAAAGUAUUUGUGUUUAAAAGAAGUCGAGAUCGUCUGGUGCGUCCAGGUCUCUGUACUCGAUGAUAGAGCGUGGGUCUCCUCGCAUGCCCCUGCACAUACAUGCACAUACAUACACAAGGUUAGCCAUACUACACACUUAAAUCAGGCGUCCACUCUGUUAACUUUGUUUUCCACCUGUUGUUGCGUUGUUUUGCUGGAAAGCCACCUCCUCCUAACUGACCCCUGAAGUUGUCAUACGCCCCACGGCCAGCUCCAAACUGGUUGGAUGGGUAAUGAGGACCACCUGUGCACACAGACACUUUAGGCGAGGGUGCUCUGACCUGAGGUGUUUAGUGAAAAGAAUGAUAGUAUGUUACCAGGGAAGGCAGGCAUGGGAGGCCUAAUGCCUGGUGGAUAUCCCAGAAGGCUUUGCUGUUGUGGCGACUGACCAGGAAAGCCAGAGGCAGGAACUAGAAGCACAUCGGCAGCUAAAAUCAGUACAGUACCUACAUUUCCCACAAGUCCUUUCCAACAAGUAAUACCUUGCGCUGGAGGCGGGAGGGGCUUGUUCUCAGGGAGGGCAGGUCUCUUGGCAUCCAUCAGGUAAUUGUUAAAGAACUCCACCUCCUGUCUCACAGCAGCCACCUUCUCACCGUGUUUGUUUAAGAUGUGUUUGCGCACAAACUCUGGAGCCUUGAUGGGAGUGUUACCAUGGAAAUAGUAUAACAGUCAGGCCAAGCAUACAUGCACUUACACAUAACUGAACUCACCUUAAACUUCUUCCCACUCAGAGGACAGAGCCACUUAUCUUUACUGAGCUCCUGAGUGUUGGCUGAAAGGAACUUCUCCACCUACACACACAAACAAUCAAGUCACACUCUGACAGAUAACAAAUGGUGUUGGUGGGCGUGGAUCUCACUUCCUGUUCUGGGUCUUUCUUGCCCAGGCGUGCGGCAUCAUCUGCACUCAGAACUUCUGACGGAGUCAGCAGAGGAGCCAGACGCUCCUCACACAUCUUUUGAUGUUCACUCACUGACCAAUCAAAACAAAGCACUCUUGCUCAACUACACAAGUAGGUUUGUGUGUGCGUGCAUACACAUACCCUCAGUUGAAGUGAUCUUGGCCACAGGUAGGGGUCCUCGCACAUGGAAAAGUCCACAGCGAUGAGGCAUCUCGUCCUCAGCAGGGUACUCACAGAAGUUGUAGUAGUCGACUGAGUGGACCAGACGCAAGUAGACCAAGAGUCUGUCCAGGACCUGCACAUGCACACUUUAAUUUAAAGGAAACGCACAAACAAGAGCGAUAGAGCUCCUCCCACCUCAAGCAAUUUUUCAUCUGUCUCCACUGUGACUUCAGAGGAGGCCGAGUCUUUGGCGUCGGUCGCUUCGCCGCUGUCGCAGCCCGUUAGCUCCUCCUCCUCAGCGCUGACCUCCUCAAUGAGGUAGUCGGUGAUGUUGUUGAGGACGGGAUUGGUCUCCAUCUGCUGUUGCACGUCGACAUGUGGGAUCAAAGCCAAACAGGAAGUACAAAAGACCAACAGGAAGUCGCACCUGUCCCUGCCAUAGCUCGCCCCUCUGGUCCAGCGCGUGCACGAGUCUGGCUGCUAGACGGAUGUCGUUUCUAACCACAGGUUUGUGGUGCGUCAGCCCGUUAACGCUGCGAACACGGCGACACAAAUCUCUGUUGACCACGGGAGACAGCUCGCAGUCUCGGAGCUGCAGGGGUGAGAAAACACGGCAUCAGAGCAUCGCCAGCGUCACCGCCAGUCAUGUGUCAGUGUGAGCAUUUACUCUGAUGUUCUGCAGGUUCCAGCAGGUCUCUUUAAUGUUGACGCUGCGGUCAAAGGUCACCCAACAGCGACGGAAGAACCUGAGACACACACACACAGACCUUUAACUCUGAGUGGUCAAAUCCCUUUGACGUGACACACACACACCUCCUCUCUGGCUGAGGGUCUGACAGCGCCACCCGCAGGAAGCCUGGGUACCUGAGACACAACUACAAACA